GCAGGAGGGAUCAGAGGAGAUGUUCUAAUUGACAUUGGCACUGGACCCACCAUCUACCAACUUCUAUCUGCAUGCGAAUCUUUUCCUUACAUCAUUGCCUCAGAUUUCACAGACCAGAACCGAGAAGAGCUUGAGAAGUGGCUGAAAAAUGACCCAGAGGCUUUUGACUGGUCAGAAAUUGUGAAGACUGUCUGUGAGAUUGAAGAAAAAAAAGACGAGUGGGAAGAGAAGCAGAAUAAGUUGAGAUCCAGAAUACAGAAGGUUCUGAAGUGUGAUGUAACCAAGACUAAUCCACUGGACCCCACUGAGGUCCCCCUUGCAGACUGCCUGAUCACCUCCCUCUGCCUGGAGACAGCCUGUAAAGACCUGGAGGCAUAUCGCUGCUCUAUUCAGAAUAUCACAAGACUGCUAAAACCAGGAGGACACCUGGUGCUUAUCGGGGCCCUGGGGAACACCUACUACAUGGUACAGCAGAAAGCCUUCUUCUGUCUUUCCCUAGAUGAAGAUGUUGUGAGGGGUGCAAUCAUCCAGGCUGGAUACACAAUACAAAGCUUGGACAUAUUACCAAUCCCUGAGAGAAUGGCUCACUUCCACACUGCCGACAGCUUGGCCAACUUUUUUCUUGUGGCAAUAAAAAAUGCAGACAAUGCGCUGAUUAUAUGA